UUCUCCUGGACCCUCCUGCAAACGUAACCGUGAGCAAGAUGGGUCAUAAAGGCCAGCUGAAUGUUAGCUGGGUGCCCCCUUCUCUCAAGUACAUGGACGACAGCAUGAUAUAUGAAGUCAUCUACGCUCCAGCAGAUGAUAGCCGGGGACAGGUGGAGGUGGCGCGAGCCUGUUCUGAGCUGAUUCUGAUAGGUCUCCAGGGGGGAACAAAGUACAGGGUGCAAGUCCGUGUCAAGCUGGACGGUAUAACCUACAAUGGCUUUUGGAGUGCCUGGAGUGACCCUGUGUUUGUGGAAACUCUUCCAGCAGAACUGGACCCACUGAUUGUGUCCCUGACUAUCGUAAUCUCUUUCGUCCUCAUUGUGCUGCUCCUUAUCAUACUCCUGUCCCAUCACAGGUUCCUUAUAAAAAAGAUUUGGCCAAUCAUUCCAACUCCUGAUAGCAAAUUCCAAGGUCUUUUUUCUGUUUAUGGGGGGGACUUUGAGAGGUGGUUAGGGCAGACCAGUGGAGGCUUGUGGUUGGCUCCGGCAUUCAUCUACUCUGAGGAAUACCCUUCUCCCCUGGAAGUGCUCUCAGAACUCAGCCGUUGCCCCUCUCUGACCUCUCCACCUCUUCCACCCAAGGCCUCUAAAGUGUUGACCGCAGUCAGAAAUGAGGGCAAGAAUAACGGAGAGUUGUUAAAUAGGGGAGACUCGGCUCUGACAGAUGAGUGGAAAGGCCUGCCUCGCGACCACUGGAUGAUGGAUCACUUCCGGAUGUUCCAGCAGCACCCUGUCCCGUGCUCCCAGUCUUCUCUUUUGGAAUCCCAGGACACUUACGUCGCACUCAACCACUACAGCGAAGAUGAGCACAUGGAUGACACUCUGGAGGAGGCCUCACCCUUAGAAGUGUUUUUUGCCUCUAAAAAGACACCUUUGGGUGAAUCACACUCUGACCUGGGGUCCGUUCAGCAGAGCUCUGGGUCAGGCAAUCUUUCAUCCCAGUCCAGCUUCGAAUACCCAAACCAAGUCUGGACAUCUAAAGGCCCAGGGUAUACCUACAUGGCCGUGGCUGACUCUGGGGUCUCUAUGGAUUAUAGCCCAAUGAGCAGGGCUGACGACAUAGGAAAAGUGGUUGUCUACGCCAAUGAGUACAAAAACGACAUCCCUGCUCAUAGAAGACCCUUCCUACUGAGGCAGUACCCGGUCCACGAUGAAGGAUGAGAGGCAGUCAAACUGGACAGGCUGGACAAGGUAGAAGCUUUAUGCAGAUGUGUUGAAGCUAUUGAAUCUCCACCCAGGCUACAAAGCCCGCCUUCUACUGUUAAGAAAAAAGCGAACGAGCUAACAUACCAAAGAUGAAGCUAAAGGACUCUAAGAAAAGACUUUGCUGGAUGUUUCUGAGGACACAAACCAGGAAUUGUAAGCUGUGAUUUUCACAGAAUACUGAUAUUCAGCAGCCUCAUUGCUCAUCCAAGAGUAUUUUAUCCUGCAUUUUAGGCUAGUUGUCAAUCUGAGUGGUGUGAACAAACCCUUAGAGUGUUUUUUACAGUGAUGUAUUCAAAUUUGAGCCAACUAUGCUAACGUUUUAGCUUAACUGACAAAUUGGUAAUGUAGGUCAAAUUACACAACAGACACCCGAAAUUAAAACUGUUAAUAGUACAGGAAAAUGCUUUUUUCACUUUUCCUAUUUUUUCAUAUUGUCAGCCAAUUCUAUUACAAGACUGAAAAAAACUUUUCACAACUUCUCUUACUUUUGAUCUAAAACUUAACAUAGAGUAGCUUAGCAUAUUUCUCAAACAUCUACAUGUCCGUCAAACAAGAAUUAAAAGCAUACACAAUCAUGCUAGCAGAAGUGCGUUUAGUCAACAUCGACGUCAACCCUAUGGCAACGCUAAUGUUUGUGAGGUUACUUGCCUAAAUAGCCUGUUAGCACUUGAAUACUGUGCUUAGAUAAAAGUGCUCAAUGGCUAGCACUUCUAUGUUUUUUGCUGUUAAAAUCUAAAGCUGGUCCAAUGAAAAUACUAUUAAUUUUAAAAACAUAACAAAGUACUAUGUCUUUUUUAUAAUAAUGCCAGAAUUAAAAUCCAUAUGGAUGUAAAUCCAUAACUGGCGAGAAACCCUCACCAAAUGCAACUCUAAAACUAAAUUUUAAAGUAUUUGCAACUGCAUGUAUUUGUUUUAAGAAUUUAUUUUAUUAACUGGGGAUGGACAAAUUUAGUGUUCCAAUACCAUGGUACAGGCUGAAAGUAUGUAACCUACAGGUGGACGUACUCACUGUUUUUAGUCGUCAUGGGGUUUGUUGACUAGCCAAAUGUAAAAUAUCAACCAUUUUAUUCCAUUAUACCUAUCAUUACACACAGACACACACACCCUACAAUAGUCAUGUCAAUGUCAGUUUUAAUUCUGAAUGUACACUGUAUGUGUAAAUAAUGUAAAGUUCUUUUAAAUUUGUUGUCACACUUGUGUUAGAGUUUAGUCAAAGUUUGUAUUAAUUUUUAUCACAGGAUUAUUGUUGAGUCAAAUUGAAAUAGUAUUACUGUAGGCUGUGCUGCAAGGCUUUAAGGCAAUGUCUGUUCUCUGGUUAAGUAAAGGGCUUUUUUUGUGUGGAGUUUCCAUGUUCUCCCCGUGUAUGUGUGGGUCCUCUCUGGGUACUCUUGCUUCCCUCCACCAUCCAAAAACAUGCAUGUUAAGACCAUUGGUUACUUUAAAUUUCCCAUAGGGGAGAGUGUAAGUGUGUUUGCUUGUAUGUCUUGUUCGUCUCAUUGGGGUCCUGAGGUGAACUGGGGACCUGUCCAGGGUGUACCCUGACUUUCUUCCACGGACACCCUACAAGGAAAACGCGGUAUAGAAGAUGGGUGAAUGAUGUUUAAGUGCAUUUGGUUUUCUCCUGAGGUGACACUGCCACCUAGAGUACAACAUGGAUCACAUUUCUAUGAAAGGUUUACCAGAUCUUCUUUCUUUUUUUUUUUACCCAUAAGUACAAAGAUGCAACGAACAAUUUGAACUUAAAUGUAUCUUUUGUCAGAACUUUGUCCUUUGGUGAUGGUACUUGUUUUUUGGGUUUAAAAAAAAUCUGUGAUCUGAUCUGAAAAAGAUUUUUUCUAAAAAGAAUAUUUUUAGAAAGAAAUGCGUCUGGGUUCUUAUGCGUUAAAUCACACUGAGUGGAGGCUUUGCUUUUUUCUGCUUUUAUGGUGUGGGAAAAAUCUGAUCUGUUGACAUUGUAAAUACGAGUGUAUUCAUAUAUAGUGUAUUCAUAUAUAAGUUUUUCUUAAGCAAAACGUGAUACAUUAUUGAAAGAAAUAUCUUUUAUCAAAAACAACUUUCUUUCUGUCUUUUGUAGUUCAUAAUAUUCUUUUCCUUUUUACAUAGACAUACUUUAUGUACAUCAACAAUAUAUUUUUAUAUCUUUCUACAUAUUCAAAUGUUAUCUUUGUCAUGCUGAAAUAAUGACUACCU